AAUCUUCACCAACAAGAGGAGAGGAAGACGGCAAUGUAACCCAAUCAAAACGGGUAAAGGCGGAACUUCCUCAAGUAAAACUCGCGGUCGUGAAAGCUCUCAUGCGCACUGUGACUUUCGGCAGGCUGGAGGUGGUGAGAGUUUAAUUGGAGAAAGGAAAAAGGAAUCACUUUGUUAUUGGAUUUUUUUUAAAAGCUCCGGUGGAUAUUAUCUUAUUGCCUUUGGCACCAAGUUUUCAGGAGUGCAGUCUGUUUUCAGCUCGUCAUUGGACAAGAUACUGAGGCUGGCUGUUUUGAUGUGGUACAGUGCUGAUCUCACGGGAAGAUGACGGAAGAGGUGAUAGUAAUUGCCAAGUUUGACUAUGUGGCCCAGCAGGAGCAAGAGCUGGACAUAAAGAAGAACGAGCGAUUAUGGUUGUUGGAUGACUCCAAAUCAUGGUGGCGUGUUCGCAACUCUACUAACAAAACUGGCUUUGUACCUUCAAAUUAUGUAGAAAGGAAAAACAGUGCCAGAAAAGCUUCUAUUGUGAAAAAUCUAAAGGAUACGUUGGGAAUCGGAAAAGUGAAGCGGAAACCAAGCAUUCGAGACACAGCGUCCAAUGCAGAUAAUGAUGGUUAUGCUGACAAUGGUGAACGUCUGUAUGACUUGAAUGCUCCUGCUUAUGUGAAAUUCAACUACACAGCAGAGAGAGAUGAUGAGCUUUCAUUGGUUAAAGGGACCAAAGUUACUGUCAUGGAAAAAUGCAGCGAUGGAUGGUGGAGGGGUAGUUACAAUGGACAAACUGGUUGGUUUCCUUCAAAUUAUGUUAUGGAGGAACCAGAGGGCACAACUAUAGAACCUGUGGGCUCAUUAACAGAGAGACUAGCAGUUGUAAUCAAUGCACAUAAUGCUAAAGUACUGCAUGUUGUGCAGGCUCUCUACCCAUUCAGUUCUUCAAAUGAGGAGGAGCUUAAUUUCGAGAAGGGCGAGGUGAUGGAUGUUAUUGAGAAACCAGAAAAUGAUCCAGAAUGGUGGAAAUGCAGGAAAGCUGAUGGGCAAGUGGGACUGGUACCGAAGAACUAUGUGAAUACUAUACCGACAUCACCACCAGCCAAUAGUAUUGGUCCAACACCACCUCGAUGUGAUUAUAUAGGAGCAGCAACUACUGGCAGGUUUGCUGGUAGUCCAUGGUAUUAUGGAAAGAUUACAAGGCACCAAGGAGAAAUGGCUCUGAAUGAAAGAGGAGUUGAUGGAGAUUUCAUAAUUCGAGACAGCGAGUCAUCACCCAAUGAUUUCUCUGUGUCCUUGAAGGCCCAAAAUAAAAAUAAGCACUUCAAGGUACAGUUGAAGCAAGGCCUCUACUGCAUUGGACAACGAAAGUUUGACAGCAUGGAAGAUUUAGUGGAACAUUACAAAAAGGCGCCAAUUUUCACAAGUGAACAUGGAGAGAAAUUGUUUUUGGUUAAGCCUUUAUCUUAAUGGAGGAGGGAAAGAUCCAUCGAACUGGAUUGUUCCUUGCAGUUCAAAAAAAACAGUGGCGGCAAGGAAAAUCAUAAUUUCAGAUUUAAUGGCAAUAAUGACCUAAAACAACAGAUCAGCUUUUAAUUUUUCAGUUUUAACCAUUGUCCCAGUUGGAUUGUACUGCUGUUUAAUUUUCAAUUGCUUUUCUUGUUUGUAAAAAAAAAUUUUUGUGCCUUGCUUUGGUAGAGCUACUCAUUGUGAAUAUACUGCCUACAGUUGUCAUUUAUCAGCAGUUGCUUCUAAUUUCUCCAAUGAUCUUAAAUCUUUUUAUAUUCUACCUACUAAAUGGCAGCAACCUGUUUAAUUCUCAUUGCAGAUCUUUGAUUAUUUCUGUGCUUUAGACCUUGUUGACUAGAUUGUAAUGUGUGAGACGUGAGGUUUUGUGCAUGGUGCAAUUGGAGUACUCAUUUGCCUUUUCUCAGUUAUUUAUGAGUAAUAUAAAUCAGCUGUGUUUUAAUUGGAUUGGAGUUCUUGGGUGCAGGUUGCAUCAGAAUAAAAGCUAUAAAAUGUGGACGUACCAGAUUUUGCCUUACACUCUUUCAAACCAAAGGCUGUGUAUAACUACUGUAAUGAAGUUACAGUUAAAUCACACUUUGGUAGGUCCUGCAUUGGUGUGUGACUUCAGUAAUAUCUUAAACCAUUUAAUAUUUGUUUUGGCUCUAUUAAACUCCCUGGUUAUUUGCAACAGAACUGCUUUGAAUAGUUCUGCCAUGGUUGAUAACUUUAAAAUAAAGUCAGUUUUCUUUUAUAAUUGUUCAUAUUAGGGAUACGCAAUGUAUUAUGUUGAUAACCUUGUCAUACAGUUGUAAAGAAUAAUACCAUUUAACAGAUAUUCUGCUGUCGCUGAUGAUAUCAAAUUUUUGUUUGUCACAAAUCAGUGCAUUUGCAUAUCUGUAGAUCCCUGCACCUGUAAUUGUAUAUAGGCCACUCUAUGUUGUGCAUCCUGGUCAAUGUAGGUAAACUGAUGUGGGGAGAGGGAGCGAUUCAACACAGUCAAUUACUCAGACAUGACUAUGAUAACACAACUUGUGUACUACACAGAUCACUUUAUAGCAUCACUUGGAAAGCUAUGUCUGAGUUGUCAGGAAUUUGAAUGAUAUUAUUUAUCUUUAAUUUAUAUUUCAAGCUCACCCCAUGAUUAUUGAAUUAACUGAAAGCAGUAGUAUGUAUUUGUACUGUUUUAUGAUGUCGUUAAUACCGGAAAUUAUACCGAAGGGUCCAGGAGAAAAAUGUUGUACUUUGUCUUGUGUAACUUAAAGACCAGAGGUCAGAAUCUUGUUGGAAGUACAGAUGAAGAGAAGUGAUAGAGCAGCAAGUGCUGACACUAAUUUCUAAAGCAUUGGUUCUUCGAUAGGUAAUUCAAGGGAACCCAUAAUGAGAGUUGUUGGAUCAUAUUUUUAUAUAUUGAAUUUUAGUCAACCAAAGAGUUUCUGAUCCCUGGUCUUUUGAUGUUCAUUAUUGUUGUAAUCCUGUUGAGAAAAAUUGUUACGUAUAAAGUGGUGUUUGGGUAUAUAAACUCAAGACCAUUUGCAUAUCAUUUCUAAUCCACCUUUUUGUAUUGAAAUUGCUUUAUCAUAUGCAUAUAUCCCUCUUUUAAAUGUUGAAAAUAACUGUUAAAGCUUAAGAUACUGUGAAGUCCAAUUAUUUUUUUUGCUGUUCAGUGCAGCAAAUAUCCUACAUGCUUUUGGCAACUUAUUUCUAAGUAUGAUUGUUCAGUUACUAUAAAAUCCAAUAAAGUUUCUAAGCCAUCUCCUAA